UUUCCAAAGUUGCCUGUUACGUACAUCUUUUGGUCCCAUCCCCAAAGCAAAGGCAACACUGAAGUGUGGGGUGGAGCCACAGCUGGGGGUGCUGGAGCCUUUCUGCUGGCGUCCCUGGGGCCUGUUACUGGGUAGAUACAUAGUACCAUACCACUGAUGUUUCAUUUCUUCCUGUGGGCCAGGCCUUGCAUGUUCCAGGUUGCUUUCUGAAAAGCACUACCCACUACUCUAGCCCCAGGAGAUGCAUCAUUGAGCCUACCAUCUGAUUAAAACAACAGCAAGGCGAGGGCACCCAGAGAGAGGAGCACUGCCCAUGUGCUAAUCUUACUCAUUUAAUUCUCACUUAUUCUCACGACAAUGGUGUGAAAUAGGUGGUGUAAUCCACAUUUGAAAACCGAGAAAACUGAGUCUCAGAGUGGCCAGUGACAGACAUGCCCCGCAGGUGCCAGAUUGGGCUUAGACCCAGCUCCGGCUGAGUCUAGCUAGAACUUGCACCGUUCUUGAUUUCUGGUUUGACUCAGGGCCAGGCCUGAUCUCGCUUGUCUGGCUCAGGUUCAAAGGCAGAAGGGUGGGUUGUAGCUUCCACUUAACAUCCAGGCUACUCAGUCCCAAAUAUUUGUUUUCCUGAGUGUUUACUAUGUGCCAGUUACUUUUAACAGGUUUGAGGACACAGCAGUGAGUGAUCAAUCCAGACAAGCCUUUGCCCUUGUGGAGCUCCCAUCUCAGUGUGUGUGUGCGUGUGUGUGUGUGUGUGCAAAACAGACAAUAAAUGAAAGGACAGUGAAGUAAGUGCAAGGUGAGUGUCACUUUCCAUUUAAACCCUCUCCACUCUGUCUUUCUCUUCUUCAUCCCCGAGAUCAGAGGUGGAGCAGUGGUGAUCUGAGGGCAGACAGCCCUACUUUCCUCUAAGGACACUUGUAGUCAGUAAGGAAAGAGGAGAGGACAGAAGGGUAAGGUUGGGAAAAGGGUACGGUAGGGUUGGGAAGAAUAAGAGGUUGGGAAAAGGUCUUUUGUGUACCACACUUUGGGCUUAACAUUCCUCAGGAGAAGCUGUGGCUCAGAAAGAAGAGGGGAAAGCUGGGUUAGGCUGACAGUCCUUAGGGCUGGGACUCCUGUUUUCCAGUUUAGAAAGUCAUCCUUGUGUCUCCUUAGUUGGUCAGGAAUGCUUCCACCAUUUCUUCUGGGCCCUGUGGGAUGCAAUUCUCUGGUGUAGAAAGAUACUUCAGGUGGUAGAAGUGUACAUGGAGUGGCUGGUCUUGUCCUUGCUAACACAGUAUCUAUUUCCUGUGUUUGGCUAGCAACCCUUACUAAAAUCCUUCCUUUCCUUGCUAAUUUCAGUCUUGGUGAGUCUAUCAGGGCUGUAUUGUGGCCAAGGAGUGUGAAUCAAUUCCGGGAAAUCAGACACUUUAUUCUUGAAAAUUGGCCCUUGAGUGAAGUUUCAUGGAGAGGGAGGUCCCUGCUCUGAUUCAUUUCCACAGCUGGCUCUGCGAAGAUGUCCAUUCGCUCCAGCCUCCAAAGAUCCCCAGGGCAGCUGGAUUUCUGAUCGUCUCAAGACUUUACCUUUUCCUUUCAUCCUGUGGGCAGUUCCAGGAAUUCAUCUUUUGCCUAAAUCAAGGUAAGGGCAGCAUGAGGCCUGAGAACCAGAGCAGCGUGUCCGAGUUCCUCCUCCUGGGGCUCCCCAUCCGGCCAGAGCAGCGGGGCGUGUUCUUCCUCCUGUUCCUGGGCAUGUACCUGACCACGGUGCUGGGGAACCUGCUCAUCAUCCUGCUCAUCCGGCUGGACGCUCGCCUCCACACCCCCAUGUACUUCUUCCUCAGCCACUUGGCCCUCACUGAUGUCUCCUUUUCAUCUGUCACUGUCCCAGAGAUGUUAAUUACUAUGCAAACCCAGGACCAAUCCAUCCCCUAUGCAGGGUGCAUUUCUCAGGUUUAUUUUUUCAUACUCUUUGGCUGUCUUGACAAUUUCCUUCUUGCAGUGAUGGCAUAUGACAGGUAUGUGGCCAUCUGCCAGCCCUUGCACUAUAUCAUCAUUAUGAGGGAAGAGCUGUGUGUCUCAUUAGUAGCUGGGUCCUGGUGUUUCUCUUGUGCCCACGCCCUGCUGCACACACUUCUGUUGGUCCAACUGUCCUUCUGUGCUGACAGCACCAUCUCCCACUUCUUCUGUGACCUCACUGCUCUCCUGAGGCUGAGUUGCUCGGACAUCUCCCUCAAUGAGCUGGUUAUCUUUACUGAGGGAGGAGUGUUUUUUAUCCUGCCUCUGAGUACUAUCUUGGGCUCUUAUAUUUGUAUAGGAAUCACUGUCCUCAGAGGCUCCUCUACUAAGACAUUUUUAAAAACAUUUGCAACCUGUAGCUCUCAUCUCUUUGUGGUGUCUCUAUAUUAUGGGACAGUUGCAGGUGAUUACUUCUUUUCCUCACCAUGGAACUCCAGUGACAAGGAAAUAAUUGCUUCUGUCGUUUAUAUGGUAGUUACCCCCAUGCUGAACCCCUUUAUCUAUAGCUUGAGGAACAGAAAUAUAAAACAGGCCCUAGAAAUAUUUGUCAAUAGGGUUAACUUCUUCAAGAGACGAUCACUGAAUUCUCUUAUUUCAGUCAUGAACACUGUCAGAUUUAUCUCCUAAAAUUAU